GUAAUGGAACUUCAUUUCCCAUAAUGCACCGAGACCUCCAGAGCACCCAUGCUUCUGUUUUUGUUAUUGUUGUGAGGGGUUCGUGGCACAGCUCAUCUCGGCGAAGGUGUCAGUGUAAAUUGCACUUGUCAUCAGUCUCAUACAUGUUUUCUCCUUUAUCACCGAACAUCGUUUUCCAAGAGGACAUUGUUCUGAUUAUCUAAGCUAAAUCGGGUACAUCCCUGUUCUGUUGCCAUGGAGAAGACAUGGGGGGUGGAGUUUCGCAAUGUUGGAAGUUGCUACUUUCCUCAGAGCAGAGUGGACUGCCACUACACCAUCAACACACAGCACACAUGGGCCAGUAACGACUGGAUUGGACUAUUUAAGGUCGGCUGGUCAUCAGUCAAGGACUACCAUACGUUUGUUUGGGCAGUAGCUCCAUCCAGCUACAAAGAGGGGACCUCUGUCAACUGCUGUGUUCAUUUCCAUGCUUCUUACCUACCAGGGCUUAGUGCCCAGCAGUACCAGUUUGUGUAUGUGGAUGGAAAGGGAGAGGUUUGUUCUCGCAGCACUGCCUUUACCUUCUCAGCCCCAAAGCCCCUUGAGGAGCUGGUGACUCUGGAGGAGGAGGGUCAGGGGGAGGAAGUGGCCAAGGACAUGUUGCUGGUCAUCCCCAGAGCCCAGCUACUGCAGAGUCGUCUCCAGGAGUGUUUGAAGGAGCGUGCUGAGCUGCUCCAGGCUCUGGAAGCAGCAGACCAGAACGUGGAGAGGGAGAAAGGCAGGAGAGAGAGAGACAGAAGAUCCUGGGAGCAGAGCCGUAAAGAGCUGGAAAGGAAGAUCAGCGAGCUGAAGGAGGAAGUGAGAGAAUAUAGGGAGAAAGUAGAGGAGAUGAAGAACAAGCAGAAGGAAGUUGAGGAUUUAGGUGAAGCCCUGACAGUGGAGAAGAGAGCCCUGCUGGCUCAAAAAGAAGCUAAUGAGCAGCGAAUCAGAGAGCUAGAGGAGGACAUUAAAGUACUGACCCAGAGAGGCCUGGAGAGAGAGACUGACCUAGAAAGGAUGAGGGAACGGGCCAAGAAAGCAGCAGCUCAAAAGAAGGAAGAUGAGGAUGAACACAAGAACCUGAAGAUAAAGAUGGAACAAACAGAGAAGGAGCUGCACAGUCUGUCAGCAGAGUUCCAGAGUCUGAGAAGCUCACUGGCCCAGAGAGAUACACAUGCCCUACAGCUCCGAGACACCAUCACCACCCUCACACACAAACUCAACAGCGCUCACAGGAAGGAGGCAGCCAAUGAAGUGGCUUUGAGUGAACUCCGGAGUGUUCAAGAGCGUCUGAACGUGAGUGAACGCUGUGUGGAGACUCUGAGGGGGGAGCUGAGAGACAUGGUCGCUCAGAGGGACACUGCACAUGCCGAGCUCCAUCAGGCCCGUCUGCAGGCUGCACAGCUCACACUUCAGCUGGCAGAUGCCAGUCUGGCUCUGAGAGAGGGCAGGGCCAACUGGGCACAGGAGAAAGAGACCCUGCAGCAGAAUGCUGAGUUGGACAAAGUGCGUCUGGAACGCCUAAAUGAUGAGAUCCAGCAGAAGGAGGAGAUGUUGCAAGAGGCGAGGAUGGAGAGAGAGAAAGCAGUGGUGGAGCUGGGACGAGAGAAAGACUGCAAUCGGGUUCAGCUAAGCGAGACUCGUCGUGAGCUGCAAGAGCUGAAGGCUAGUCUCAGAGUGGCUCAGAAAGAGAAGGAGCAGCUGCAGACAGAAAUACAGGAAGUGAUGGAGUACAGCCGUCGGCUGGAGAGAAGGCUGGAGGUGCUGAGCGAUUCUAAAUGGAGUGAGACGGCGCUGCUGCAGAGCAGUCGUGCAGAAAGCCCACUGCUGUCUGAUUCUGAGGAUGAGAACCCCGAGGCUUUGCAGGACGCACACUCUUCUGGGCCUCUGAACCACUACAGUCUGUGCGAGCAGCCCCAGGCCGACCUGCUGCUCCCGGCCACCCCGCCACCUUCACCCAGACACCCCUCGGGCAUGGACGCGGUGGUCAUCAGCCAACCUGCACCCCUCUCAUCUCCACAUCAGCCCAGUGCUCACACACACGCUCACAGCUCUGAGUCGGAGGAAGAGUAUGAGGCCGCUCUGUCAAGAGGGCACGGCUCUGGAGAGGAGACGGCUCUUCUCCUGCCUGACAACAGAGACACUACCCUCGGAGAUCUGGCAGAGAGCCCCUUGUGGUGAGAGGCAGACCUGCAGGAACCGAGGGCCAGCGCAGCGUGGACUGCUUUGCACCAGUGCAACACGUGUUAUGAGUUUUGUAUUUAGAAGCAUUUGCGCUUUAUAUCAUAUUGACAUGAGUAUUUAAAUAUGCAAUUUGCUUUACACUUUAUGCACUUAGAAUAUGCAUAAGCUAUUAGACCUCUUUAUGUCGCACACGGUUUUAAGGUAACUUGCACGGAUGUGUUAUUUCACACAUAUCAACUGACAAGCAGAAGGCGUCUGUAUUGAGCAGACUGAGAGAAAGUUGUAUUAGAGGCGGAAGAAGUAAAGUGCGUUUCUGUGUGUGUGUUAGGGUUGUUUUUCAAUCUUGAUUUUCUUGUGUUCUGUCAUAAGUCUUGUACUGAUAUAACCAUUAUAAUUCACCUGCAUCAGCAAUAAUGUAAAGCACAAUAUCAUCGAGAUCCUUUCAGGUUUUAAAUGUAAGAUUUAGUUUGGGUGCUCUUUAUUUCGUGGGUCUUGUGGUAGAAGUAUUUUUUACUUUUUCGUUUGUUUGAAGAUAGAUUGUGUGAAAGUGCACACAGUAAACGAUUGAUUAUGUGUAAUGGGAUACACCAGCGACUGAUCGUCCUGUUUAAAUGUAAGAGCAAAGAGUGGCACUUUAGAUACCUUUCAGGACGUUUACUCUCAUCCUCGUGGAACAUUCAUUUUUGUGCAAGAUCUUCUUUGGAGGAAAUCCACUUUAGCAUGGAGGCUGAGGGAAUUACGAAGUUUAAUUAGUUACUUUAAUUGAAUUCCUCUAAAUUUAUAUUUGGUGCUUUAUUGUAGUUUCAUGCAUUGUACUGAAACACUGUUUUACAUUAAUAAUAAAAUUAUUAUUUGUAUGCAAAACGUACUAAGACAGUUUAACUACUACUUAAUGUUCCUCUUGAGGUUGGCGAUACAUUAGAAAGUUUUUGCAGUACUGCGAGAAGGACUUUUCAUUUUAAGGCAUGAAUUGAACUGCUUUAAAUUAUGCCUCACGAAAUUCAAGGAAUCUCAUGUUUAAUUCAAUUUAAUGUGUGAUGGCUUAAUGGUGCAUCACGUGGAUCAUGUGGAGAACAUUAUUUGGCUGUUUAAGCUCAUUACCUGAGGAAAAAUUCAUAAUUUCAGAACACCAUGAUUACAUUUUAAUAACAUUCACAGGGAGAAUAUUUUAAUGCAUAUAUUAAAAAGUAAAAUAAUGAAGGGGAAUAUUAUGAAAAGGUAUCAUACAUUAAAAAGUACAAGUUCUUUUUUUCCUUUUAAAUGUUUGAAACAUUUUCCUGUUGGGCUCACUGUAAAUGCAGAACUUUUAUUUUGUUUGGUUGAUUUGUUCUUGCUGUUUACUGUAGGGUCAUGUUUAAAUAGCUCCUAUAUGUUAUUUGCCUUUUAUACAACAUGUCAUAAUCUGUAUUGACUUUAAAAGUGAUGUAACCAUUACACCUCACUGAAACAGGCUUUUGCGGUCACUCUGUAUCCAUCAGUCUACUGUAUUUGUAUUGUGCGCUUGACCAGGUUUUACUUUGAUAGUUUUAAAGCUGUAUUCUAGAGCGUCAUCUUAGCAUCAGGAUAUCAGAGAUUGAAAAUGAUUCUCAUUUUUAAGAGAUACACUUCAUCUGAACCUGAAAUCCCAGUUUGGAAAUUCUGUUACCCACUAUACUAUAGCCAGAAACCUGUUUAUGGCAGAGAAUAUGUUAAGAUGAGUCCUAAGUAAUGGUUGUCCAUUUUCUUGAAAUUCAGUAAUGUCUAAAAUAACAGGUCAUUUCAGGGCAAUACAAUCAGAGAUUUGGAUUUAUUGUUUGCUUUUUUGUGCAUUUAUUCCUUCUUUCACUUAUCUAAUUUGUUUGUAGGUUAUGCGGUUCUGUUUAGGGUGUGGGAUGGGUUUCAUUAAUAAAAUAAUGUAAUGUUU